CGUCGCUCACGCGGCCGGCUUCGUCUCGGCUACUCCUCCGUCCCAACAUGGCGCAGUCGAUCAACAUCACGGAGCUGAACCUGCCGCAGCUAGAAAUGCUCAAGAACCAGCUGGACCAGGAGGUGGAGUUCUUGUCCACGUCCAUCGCCCAGCUCAAGGUGGUACAGACCAAGUACGUGGAAGCCAAGGACUGUCUGAACGUGCUGAACAAGAGCAACGAGGGGAAAGAACUGCUCGUCCCACUGACAAGUUCCAUGUACGUCCCUGGCAAGCUGCACGACGUGGAGCACGUGCUCAUCGACGUGGGCACCGGCUACUACGUGGAGAAGACAGCUGAGGAUGCCAAAGACUUCUUCAAGAGGAAGAUAGACUUCCUCACCAAGCAGAUGGAGAAGAUCCAGCCGGCUCUGCAGGAGAAGCACGCCAUGAAGCAGGCUGUCAUGGAAAUGAUGGGCCAGAAGAUCCAGCAGCUCACAGCUCUGGGGGCAGCCCAGGCCACGGCCAAGGCCUGAGCGCUUCCUGCAGGAGCGGUGCCUCGGGGGCCCAGGACUUUGGGGGCCUGGCUGGGGUGGGC